GUAACUAGAGACAACCAUGUAGGACCCAGCUGCAGGACACACUUCCUGGUCCCCACAGAGCUGGCCAAUAAUAUUGGGAUUACAUAAAUCAAAGCCAAUAAGCAUCCAUAGAUAGAACCUCAGAAUGACUUGACAGGCCUUAUUUUAUCUAGUCAGAUCACUCAAAACACGCCAAAGAAGGAUUGCCUUGUUUGGAUUUUGUUUGGGAUAUUCUUCCAGCUAGAGGAGCAGGCUAGCUAGCUAACGUUAACAAAGUAAAGUCCUAGAUACUACCUGGUAAAAUACGGUUUAGCUGCUCUAAAUUGAAGUCGAAGAUCACUGUAUCUACAUGAAGAUGAUUGACGAUUUCGAGAGUCAUAAGGCCUGGCUGCCUGAUGUGCAGGUGCAGGAGGAAGAUCAAGGCCGAGGAGAGGAUAAUGCUGCUCUGUUCAAAGAUUCAUUCCAACCGUCACAUGUUGACAAUGACCUGCAAUCUAAUGGCAUGUCUAUGAGUUUCUCCUCUCACAGCGUCUGGGAACCUAUGGAAGACUCGGAUGUCUACAUUGCUAGUUUAGAGAAUCGUCUGAAGAGAGUAAAGGGCCAGUGUACAGAGGUGACGUCUAGGGAGAUGCUGCACUCCCUAUCUCAGGCCAAAACAGAAUGCUGGGAUAGAUUCUUGCACGACGCUCAGAGCUCGGAAAUCUUUCAGGAGGACGAGCUAGAUCAGAGUACCCUGGAGCAUCUAAAGCGUUGGCUGGUACCUGAGAAAGUGGCCAUCAGCGCUGAGGAGCUGGAGUGUCUCCUCCUGCCGUCACUGAGCCGAGAGUAGACCUCCACGGACCAAUCACAGAGCAGACCAGAGGCAGCCGCUCAGAACCAUGAAGAGGACAAGAGUCCCAUACCUGAGAAAUAGCUUCCUGUUCACCGCAGACAUUUUUAUAAGUUAUCAUGUGUUAUUCAUGUUCAGAAACAUGAUUGAAUUUCCUGUACUGUCAUUAGGUUAUUAGGUUAUGUGUAUUUGUCUUUAUUAUUGAGGAGAAAGAAUUCGGUGGCAUAUCGUUGCAAAUAUUGGAUCGGUCAAUUUUUUUUGUCAUGUUACACCCAUCAAAUAUUGGAUCGGUCCAUUUUUUUUGUCAUGUUACACCCAUCAAAUAUUGGAUCGGUCCAUUUUUUUGUCAUGUUACACCCAUCAAAUAUUGGAUCGGUCCAUUUUUUUGUCAUGUUACACCCAUCAAAUAUUGGAUCGGUCCAUUUUUUUUGUCAUGUUACACCCAUCAAAUAUUGGAUCGGUCCAUUUUUUUUGUCAUGUUACACCCAUCAAAUAUUGGAUCGGUCCAUUUUUUUUGUCAUGUUACACCCAUCAAAUAUUGGAUCGGUCCAUUUUUUUGUCAUGUUACACCCAUCAAAUGUUGUUGAUUUUAUGAUAUGGUUGAAAUAAAAAGCAGUUAAUUCUUGGGGUAAUAUCCCGAAACCGCACCGGGUGCAUUUUUGUUAGGCUACUACACUAUGUUGGUCUAUAAUGUUGUAACGAGCUUUGGCACUGCUUUAAGAUACCAGUCCAAUCAAGAGUAUUAAUAGCUCAGAUGAAAUCAUUAUAAAUGUAGUUACUAUAUGUUCAUUACCAUGUAUGAUAAAUAUACUACGUUCAUUAUUACCAUGUAUGAUAAAUAUAUUACGCUCAUUAUAAUGUAUGAUAAAUAUAUUACGCUCAUUAUAAUGUAUGGUAAAUAUAUUACGCUCAUUAUAAUGUAUGAUAAAUAUAUUACGCUCAUUAUAAUGUAUGGUAAAUAUAUUACGUUCAAUAUUAUGUAUGAUAAAUAUACUACGUUCAAUAUUAUGUAUGGUAAAUAUAUAAUUUCAUUAUAAUGUAGUAUAUUUACCGUACAUGGUAAUAAUGAACGUAGUAUAAUGUAUGAUAAAUAUACUACGUUCAUUAUAAUGUAUGGUAAAUAUAUUACGCUCAUUAUAAUGUAUGGUAAAUAUAUUACGCUCAUUAUAAUGUAUGAUAAAUAUAUUACGCUCAUUAUAAUGUAUGAUAAAUAUACUACGUUUAUUAUAAUGUAUGAUAAAUAUACUACGUUCAAUAUUAUGUAUGAUAAAUAUACUACGUUCAAUAUUAUGUAUGGUAAAUAUAUAAUUUCAUUAUAAUGUAGUAUAUUUACCGUACAUGGUAAUAAUGAACGUGGUAAAUUUAUCACACAUGGUAAAGAACAUAGUAUAUGAUUAGCAUUAGUAUUAUUAGUACCAUGUAUGAUAAAUAAGCUACAUUCAUUACCAUGUAUGAUAAAUAUACUUAUUUCAUAAUGUAUGGUAAAUAUAUACUUUCAUAAUGUAUGAUAAAUAUACUACGUUCAUGACCAUGUAUGAUAAAUAUACUACGUUCAUUAUAAUGUAUGAUAAAUAUACUACAUUCAUGACCACGUAUGGUAAAUAUACUAUGUUCAUUAUUACCAUGUAUGAUAAAUAUACUACGUUCAUUAUAAUGUAUGGUAAAUAUACUACGUUCAUUAUUAUGUAUGAUAAAUAUACUACGUUCAUGACCAUGUAUGAUAAAUAUAUUACUUUCAUUACCACGUGUGAUAAAUAAACUACGUUCAUUAUCAUGUGUAAUGUACUGUGCUAGAUAUUUUAGAUUCUGUAAGUUGGAUGAGAGAUUCAAUUUUAUUACGGAAGCUUUUGAAACAAAGCUAAUGAACUUGAAAAAACUA